AUGUAAUUGUCAUCUCUUAUAAAACUAUGCUAGGGUUACGUAGACGCGCUGUAUACAUUAACUGCUUCAUAAAACAGUUUGUCACGUUUAUAUCUGAGGAGUUAUUCAGCCUCACAGCUAACACUAGUGUCGACGGACUGCUAUUCGCUUACGUUAGAUGUGCUAAUUUGCUAGUGCUUGGUUAGCAACUAAAACAUUGCGUAUUUAAAAUGACACUUCGCAUCCUCGAAAGGUCCUUUAAACUGACUAUUGUGUUUGGGCUGAAAACGCAGUUAAUCAUUACCAGGUGUUAGUAUCUCGAAUAUCUAAUUAUGUGGUAAAGCUGACAGGAUUCUUUGUCUUUCCUUCUUUGCCCUGCGUUUACAUGGAGGAGACCUCCGUUUAGUUUAUCGUUAGCCACGCCUUUGUAGAGCUGUGAUUGGACGGUUGGCGUGUCCGUCAAUCACGCUAGGCCGCUCAUUGGUUGGCUAACCAGGAUGACAACGCCAGUUUUGUUGCUUUAUUCCCUGCGUUCAACAUGGCCUUCCGUGGCUACUGUUGUAAGUUGGCUAACAUUAGCUCACACAAGACAACGAUGUUAUUAGGAACCUUUUAUUGGCGGUGCCUUACAGUGACUGAAUCGAGCAUUAAUCCACAAGCUAAAUUAGAUUAUUCUACGGUGCUAGUCUUCGGGAUAAACGUUAGCAGGAUUACUGUAGCCUCCUCUUGUUGGAGUCUCUCGAUAGAAAAUGGAUGGCGUUGUCUUAAGUGUCGUCCUUCACUAGGGAUUAGUCAUUUUAAGGCUGAGGUACCCGAACAACUCUAAUUUGCAUUUCAUUUUUUCCCUAGUAUACAAAACAACCCACUAGGAGAUGUAGACCUAAGAAAAGCCUUUGUUCUUUUUCUUUACAAAUUAUAAUCGAAUAGCCAUUAGCUUGAGCAACACAUUGUAAUCACAUAAUGAGCAUGCAGAGGCUCAACAUGUGACUUCAGCCUUAUUUUAUAAAUGCUAAAUGUAAAGCUACAGUGGGUAAGCUUCAGAUGACAUUCCACCCCCUGACUGACACCCUCACUCAUCUGUCUGCCAGCACUUUUCAAGGUGAUGGACCCUCCUGGUGGGGGAGACGAACGGCGGAGGCAGGCAGAGCGUCUUCGUCGGGAGGAGGCGUACUAUCACUUCAUUAAUGAACUGAGUGAAGAGGAGUACCGCCUCAUGAGAGACAGCAACCUGCUCGGCACCCCUGGGGAGGUGACUGCCGAGGAGCUCCGGCAGCGUCUUGAUGGGGCAAAAGAGCGAAUGUCUUCUCAGCCCCGCACUGAGCAGCGUUCGCAAGCUGCUGAUUCUGGAGAACAGCAGGGCGGUAGCGGCGAGGGAGAGGAGAGAGCGGCUGGAGGGAGACGAGGAGCAGGGGGCGCAGAGCCUGGAGCCGAACCAUCUAAUGGUGACUCAUUACUGGAGUGGCUGAACACUUUUAGACGCACUGGUAAUGCUACUCGCAGUGGGCAAAGUGGCAACCAAACAUGGCGCGCUGUCAGCCGGACCAACCCUAACAGCGGAGAGUUCCGCUUUAGCCUGGAGAUCAACAUUAACCAUGAUCAGCCAGAGCCGGGGGAGCAUAGUGACACUGUGGACACCGCGGAGCCGCCAGUGGCUGCCGCGAAUAUAACUUCACCCUCUAUACGCACCGCUUCCUCAUUCUCCAACCCUCGCCUUUCAACCACGCCAAGGCCAGUCCCGUACCCUACCCCUCGCCCAGCCCUCAGUAGGAGGAUGCAGACACGGCGUACACGCAGCAGCACUACCACUCUUUCUAUGAGCCCCCCUGCACUUCCUGCACCUGUGGCCUCCCCACCCGCUGCUCAGAGGAGAAGUGCCACUUUGCACUCUUUAGCGCCUCCUCCUACUGUUCCCAACCCUCCUCUUGAUCAAACGACACCUUCGCAACACCAAGCCCUGAAUGCAGAAUUAGAGCAGGGCAGUGAUGAUGUGUCUGCUUCUUUAGACUGUCCCCGUGUGUCACUGCAGUCUGGGUCUCAGGCCCCAGCAGUGGGACCUGAAUCGCGUGGCAGGAGGACUCGAUCACGUGGACGUGCACGCAGGGCUGCUGCGGGGGGCGGGGUUUCAUCCCGCUUGUCAAGGCGCAGCCGUUCUCCCUUGCACAGAAUACCCGUUGCCAGUACCACACCACCAUCAAGUAGUGGUGCCGGUGGCUCCAGCGUCCCCACUGUUGAGCCAGGCAGUGGCACAAGCUCUGUUUCCGUGGAGGCGGUGGCAGAACCUGCAGCUCUAGCAGAGCCGGCUGUAGAGACGGGAGAACGCGAUAGUGAAUCUCAUGCAGUAGGAGCAGGAAGUUCAGCAGUGCGGCGGCAUCCAACCAUCAUGUUGGACCUGCAGGUGAGAAGGAUCCGACCUGGUGAAAACCGCGAUCGGGACAGCAUCGCCAGCAGAACGCGUUCUCGUGCCCGGGUCGCUGAGAAUACAGUCACCUUUGAAAGCGACAGUGGUGGAUUUAGACGCACCAUCUCCCGCUCUGAGCGAGCUGGGAUCCGCACUUAUGUGAGCACUAUCCGGAUUCCACUGAGACGCAUCAGUGAGACGGGCCUGGGGGAGCCCAACUCAACCGCCCUGCGGUCCAUUUUGCGCCAGAUCAUGACCGGAUUUGGGGAGCUGAGCUCCCUAAUGGAGACAGAGGCCGACUCUGAAACUGUUGCGCCUAGCCACACGGAUGCUAGUGUUACAAACAGUAGCACCAGCCCAGCCAGUCGUCUACAUACAACUGAGACCGAAGCGGGCCAAGUUGGUACGGGUAGGGUAGAUCAGGAGAGGGUAGGGCUGGCGGGAAGUGAGGAGGACCAGGGUGGGCCGCCCAGGCUCGGAGGAGGGGUAGUGAGCACCGCAGAGGGACGAGCCACCAGCAGAGACACCAACAACCUGGUAGAAAACGGUACUCUACCCAUCCUCCGGCUGGCACACUUCUUCUUGCUCAACGAUGAGGAGGAUGACGAACACCCUAGGGGCCUGACCAAAGAGCAGAUUGACAAUCUAUCCACGCGUACCUAUGGUCAAGCCAGCCUGGAGGGGGAGAUAGGUCGUGCAUGCAGCGUUUGCAUCAACGAGUACGCCCAGGGCAACAAGCUGCGUCGCCUGCCCUGCUCCCAUGAAUUUCACAUCCACUGCAUUGACCGCUGGCUCUCUGAAAACAACACCUGCCCCAUCUGCAGGCAGCCCAUACUCGCAGUGCAUCACGACUGACCCGUAUGCUCUCAAACACAACUAUCAAGUUCCUGGCUGGCUGAACUGAGCAGACCCAAGUGGGCUUUGCAUGUACAUAGCGCUUUCAUGGUUUAAUUAUUUUUUUUUUUUUGGAAAAUAUCCAUUGUGUUGAAGUUGAAGAAGGUUGAACCAAAAGUGCGGAAAAAAAGAAAACUAUAAAUGCAGAGAAUUUACAGAACUUUAUUUUUUUAGACUUUUGUUUUCAGCAACUUAUUGUUUUAUUUUCUUCUUCCUAUGACCCGUUCUCUCUGGUCUCCGCCACAAAGCUUAACAGGCCCAUGUCAAUGGAUGGCAUUAAUGCUUAAGGGAGCUCCUGAAGUCGCUGCUGACUAGUCUCACUUUAACUCUUUACUGUCUGAUACAUGUGACGUCUCCUUGUCACAACUGGUCCACACAAAUCACUUCUAGACUUGCUUUAUUCAGUAUAAGCUGUAAAUAACUCACCACUGCUUGUAUUUUUAUGGUUUUGACACAAGCAGCUCCUCACAUGCCAUGUGUUCAGAAUGGAAGCAGGAAUUAUUUUCUUUUGUAACAUUCACCAUUUUAAAGCUUUGACAUCCAUUUUAAAGUGUCCCUCUGCAGUUGGUGAAGAAAUGUAUGAUUUAUCGGGAUCUGUAUGAUAUAUGUAUUUAAUUUUGAAAUAAGUUUUAUUCUGUAUGUCCAGUAGUAUUUGUUUAAGCUCUUUCCACACAUUACAU